GCGAUACACGCGUUAGUUAUUUUUAUUUGACGUUUCCAAGCGUGUUAUUUAUUCAUAGAAAUAGGCUUUGAAUAUAUAAAGUGUUAUUCGGGUACUUUUAUACUUAAGCGCGUUGUGUCUGUUAAUUUAAUGACGUACAAUGCUGUUAAUAACAUUUUUGUUUCUUUUGGCAACGUUGUGGAAUGUAAUUGGACAAUUCCCAACACUGGAAAUUAAACGGUUUGAUGCUACUAGAAAAAUGGUAAAAUUGAUGUGCCGCAGUCCACGGAAAGGUGCAUCAAUUACGUUUUUAAAUUCAUCAAACGUACCUGUUAUUGAUGUUUUAUUCAGAAACAAAAGUUGUGAAUAUUUCCCGAAACAACCGCACACACAUUGUGAAUGCGAAGACGAUUUAAGUGCAAUUUGCAAUAUCAAAGUUGACAACACAGGUCCCAGGUGUGACAAAUUUGCUUGUGGAGUGCCAGUCAAACAAGUUCUAAGACACAGCGAAUUUGUUAACCCCUGCGAUACUGGUCCUGCAUAUGUACAAGAUUUUUAUAUAGAUGGGUUCUACAGCCAGAAACGCAUAACGUUCAAUUCUACGCGUCAUUUAACUUUCUAUUGCUUUGGUUAUGGAAACCCUUCUCCUGAUAUGCGACUAUUGAAAGACGAUGUACAUAUUUUGCAGAAAGGAUAUUCGCAUUUACGUUAUGGAUUUCAGCUGACUGGACUAAAUGAUUCUGGGAUGUAUACAUGCAUAGUUGCUAAUGAGAUUGGUGUCGACAACGAAACAAUCCAUGUCUUUUAUGAAACUAAUGGAAAGUUUGAUCAAGAUGUCUCUCCGGAACCUGCAAUAAGUGUGAAGAAUAGUGUGUGUGUCCCAAUUGCAGCGGGAACAGGUUCGGUGGUUCUUCUUAUUAUUGUGGCUGCUUUGUUCGUGUACCGAGUUUACAGGCGAAGCAAUGCAAUAGCCAACGUCGUUUUACCAAUAACAGACCUAGCGCCCAUUAUACCAGCUGACAACAACGCUCAGACGUGGUCUAGGUCUGCGAUGCCUAUUAGUGACCAGAGUGUGAUUUAUAAUGAAAUCGACCCACGGUUGAUAAGUUCUCAUAUCUCAUUUGGAGAAGAUAGUGUACAUAAUGUUUCAUUUCCUUCAUACUCUUUCGAACAUUGCCGUAAUGCUAAUUUAUAUCGCUCAAGACACGAAGACGAGUCACAGUAUCUAACAGUUGUCGCGGAGUGAUAUUAAAGUGUUACUGUUUUCAAAACGAGAACAGACUACCUCUGAACUUUGUGUGCGUUUUUCGAGGUUAAUAUUGUCUGCCCGUACCUGAGACAGAAAUAGGUUUGGACACAGAGUGAUUCUCAAAACUUCUACCGAAUCAACUUAUUAGACUCACGAAAAAGGGAACGAAUAUUGAAAUUAAUGCUGUAAUCACCAUCUAUUUGGUUGUUAAUGAAUGAUUUUCAAUUUGG